AAAUAUAAUAAUGACUUAAAGCAAUCAUGCUGAAUAUUAAUGAGUUGAAAAGUAAAAAGAGUGUUGUCCCUCUGUCUACGGAUCCACGCUCACUCUAUUAUUAUCAAUAACGCACCCAUUCUUCUUCUUCUUCUUCUUCUUCUGUGAUUGUGCGAGAGAGUGAUUUGUGCUAUCAGAGUGUGAGUCUGAGAGUGAAAGAGAGAGAAGCAUUGCUGUAUGUCAGUGGGGUACCACAGUGAGAUAUACUACUGCUGCGGUGGAUACGCUGAGGCUGAGCUUGCUAACCCUCUCCAAUGGCCUCAGCUCCGGAAAAAGCGACGCCCCUCCUUAACACCACCACCAACAACACCGCUACUGCAGCUCCUUCGCCUUCAUGGCCCGACUCCACUUUGGAUUCGACCCGAAACAGAUCCACCAUAGCCCCUGCCUUGAUCUCCGCCGUUGAUUCCUUCUCUGAUCCUCCUCCCAGCUCCGCUCCUUCUACUAAAGGUAUCACAGUCAUGACCAGAGCUCAAACUUGCCACCCUUUGGAUCCAUUAUCUGCUGCUGAAAUUGCAGUAGCUGUGGGAACUGUUCGGGCGGCGGGGGCAACCCCUGAGGUAAGGGACAGCAUGCGCUUUGUCGAAGUAGUCUUGCUGGAACCGGAUAAACAAGUUGUCGCAUUAGCGGAUGCGUACUUCUUCCCUCCUUUCCAGCCUUCAUUGCUCCCCAGGACUAAAGGCGGGCCUGUGAUUCCUACAAAACUUCCCCCAAGAAAAGCAAGACUAGUUGUGUACAACAAACGGUCAAAUGAGACAAGCAUAUGGAUUGUUGAACUUACACAGGUGCAUGCAGCAACUCGAGGGGGUCACCACAGGGGCAAAGUAAUUUCUUCUAAUGUUGUUCCAGAUGUUCAGCCACCAAUGGAUGCUGUGGAGUAUGCUGAAUGUGAAGCUAUUGUGAAGGACUUCCCUCCAUUUCGAGAAGCAAUGAAGAGAAGAGGGAUUGAAGACAUGGAUCUUGUCAUGGUGGAUGCCUGGUGUGUUGGAUAUCAUAGUGAAUUUGAUGCUCCUAGCCGCAGGCUUGCCAAACCAUUAAUCUUUUGUAGAACCGAGAGUGACUGCCCCAUGGAAAAUGGCUAUGCCCGCCCAGUUGAAGGAAUUUACAUUCUUGUUGACAUGCAAAAUAUGGUAGUUCUUGAGUUUGAAGACUGCAAACUAGUGCCCCUUCCACCCGCUGACCCCUUAAGAAAUUAUACUUCUGGUGAAACCCGGGGUGGAGUUGAUAGAAGUGAUGUUAAACCAUUACAGAUUCUUCAGCCUGAAGGUCCAAGUUUUCGUGUCAAUGGCUACUUUAUUCAAUGGCAGAAGUGGAACUUUCGGAUUGGUUUCACUCCUAGGGAGGGUUUGGUCAUUUAUUCAGUAGCCUAUAUUGAUGGAAGUCGAGGGCGAAGGCCAGUAGCACACCGGUUGAGUUUUGUUGAGAUGGUGGUUCCUUAUGGAGAUCCAAAUGAUCCUCACUAUAGGAAGAAUGCUUUUGAUGCAGGAGAAGACGGCCUGGGUAAAAAUGCCCAUUCUCUCAAGAAGGGUUGUGAUUGUUUGGGAUAUAUCAAGUACUUUGAUGCACACUUCACAAACUUUAAUGGAGGUGUUGAAACAAUAGAGAAUUGUGUUUGCUUGCAUGAAGAGGAUCAUGGUAUUUUGUGGAAGCAUCAAGACUGGAGAACAGGUUUGGCUGAAGUACGAAGAUCUAGAAGGCUGACAGUGUCUUUUAUAUGCACUGUGGCUAACUAUGAGUAUGGCUUUUUCUGGCACUUUUAUCAGGAUGGAAAGAUAGAAGCUGAGGUCAAACUCACAGGAAUUCUCAGCUUAGGAGCACUGCAACCAGGUGAAACUCGAAAAUAUGGCACAACCAUUGCCCCUGGAUUGUAUGCGCCUGUCCAUCAGCACUUUUUUGUUGCUCGUAUGGACAUGGCAGUUGAUUGCAAGCCUGGUGAAGCUUUCAAUCAGGUUGUUGAGGUUGAUGUCAAAGUUGAAGAGCCAGGAAAGGAUAAUGUUCACAACAACGCGUUUUAUGCCGAGGAAAGAGUGCUUAAAUCCGAAUUGGAAGCAAUGCGUGAUUGUAAUCCUUUAUCUGCUCGUCAUUGGGUUGUUAGGAACACUAGGACAGUGAACCGCACUGGACAGCUAACAGGUUAUAAAUUAGUACCUGGUUCAAAUUGUUUACCCUUGGCUCGUCCAGAGGCCAAGUUUCUGAGAAGAGCGGCUUUCUUGAAGCACAAUCUUUGGGUCACUCCUUAUGCACAUAAUGAAAUGCAUCCCGGAGGAGAGUUCCCUAAUCAAAAUCCACGUGUCGAAGAGGGUUUGGUUACUUGGGUUCAGCAAAAUAGGUCAUUGGAGGAAGCUGAUAUAGUUCUUUGGUACGUAUUUGGAGUGACUCACAUUCCUCGUCUAGAAGACUGGCCUGUUAUGCCAGUGGAACGCGUUGGUUUUAUGCUUAUGCCACAUGGAUUUUUCAAUUGUUCCCCUGCAGUGGAUGUUCCUCCAACUACAAGUGAUUUGGAUGAUAAGGAAAUUGGGAUGCCUGCAAAGCCUAGCCAGAAUGGGGUCAUUGCAAAGUUAUGAAAUGAACAAAUCAUAGACAUUUGCACUGUUUAUAAAACCAAUGGUUGCGCAAACUUAAUUAAACUCUGCUGCUUGGUAAUUAAAUUUAAUAUACAAGUGAACUUUCUUGUGCCCCAUAUGAAUAUUUAAUCAAAGCUAUACAGGAUGAUGCAUGUAUUAUAAUUGGAAAAAUGCAAGAUUCUUUGGGUCUUACUCCGAAUUUGUAAUCCGAUAUUCCUAUCUUCACAAAGUGGGAAUGGUAUCUUGAGUGUUGGAUUGUAGUCAUACCUGCUAUAAAUUCAUUGUAUCUUGGAACAUUGAGUGAUUUAUGUAUCAAAUAUUUUAAUGUGAUAGAUA